AUGACUUGCUCGUGUAGUCAGCACUAUCAACUGCAGGUCUUAAGUGCUGGCUGGGCAGCUCUUGUAGAAGACGAGCCAGAGCCGACUCAGGCGCCAGCCUGGCCGCACGAAACAGGCUUAUACCCGAGUUCAACAAUUCAGGCUCCUGGGUUUGGCAAGAAGGCUCUUGGCGGCGAAGGCGUCGUGGUGCACGGCCAAGUACAGACGAAAGCUAGUAACCUUGACUAG